AUGAAGCAAACCCCAGAUUUGGGGGUUUCUCAAGCCUCGACCGUCCUGGUUGCCCUCCUCGGAGAGAGAGGUUCGGCAAAUGUAGGUGCGGAGAAUGGGUCUGGGAGCCCGUACACUCAAAGGCGUUGCAAGAACACCCAGGAGCCCAGAGAAGCUGCCACAAUGAAGUUCAGCCCAAGAGUGAGCUCGUCCCGGCGCAAGUCGCGGAAGGCGCACUUCACGGCGUCGUCCAGCGAGCGCCGCAUCAUCAUGAGCUCCAGCCUUUCGUCCGAGCUGCGCAACAAGUACAACGUGCGGUCGGUGCCGAUCCGCAAGGACGACGAGGUGCAGGUGGUGCGCGGCACAUACAAGGGGCGCGAGGGCAAGGUGGUGCAGGUGUACCGCCGCAAGUGGGUCAUCCACAUCGAGCGCAUCACGCGCGAAAAGGUCAACGGCGCGACGGUGAACGUGGGAGUGCAUCCGUCCAAGGUGGUGAUCACGAAGCUGAAGCUGGACAAGGAUCGCAAGGCACUGCUGGACCGCAAGGCCAAGGGCCGCCUCGCGGACAAGGGCAAGGGCAAGUACACAGAGGAGACCGCGCAGCCCAUGCAAGACGUCGACUAA